AUGUUUACAGUUUUAAGACGGUUUUCUAUAUUUUUAACAAUGCUUUUUGAAUAUUUUAUUCUUGGGUAUUUAUUUUUAAAAAUUAAUUUUCUGUCAAUUUCCCUUAUCUUUUACAGAAUAAUACCUACUUUUGGUGUUAAAUUUAGCGUAUUUUUGAUGAUUUUUGGUUCAGCAAUAGCAGCAAUGUUUGAUUUAUCAUUUGAUUCACUUGGUUAUUUACUUAUUUGUUUUAAUAAUUUUGCAACAGCUCUAAACGGUUUAAAUUUUUUCGAAUUAGGUAAAAAUGGAUUGCUCUUCUACAAUUCUUUAUUUAUGUUGUUGCCUUUAAUUUGUUUUAUUCUUUUAAAUAAUGAAGAAACUGAAAAGUUGAGACUAUAUAUCGAUCAAGGCUAUUUAACAAUUCCAGUUUUACUCUUUUUGCUUCUUUCUUGUAUUGGAGGUUUAUUGUUAAAUUAUUCUGUUGUCCUGUGUACAUCACACAAUUCUGCAUUAACUACUGUUUGUGUUGGGCCGAUAAAGAAUAUGUUUGUAACAUAUAUUGGAAUGAUUAGCAGCGGAGAUUAUAUAUUUACUUGGAAUAAUUUUAUUGGAAUUAAUAUAUCUGUUUUUGGGUCAAUUUUGUAUACUUAUGUAACUUUUCGAACGAAUGAAAGAAUUAUAAGUAGAACAGAUAUUGCUUCAAUAAAAAUAAAAGAAGGGGAAAGGGAAACACUUUUAUAG